GCACCUUCACCCAAAUAAGGCGUACUACAGAUUUAUAACUUUGACUUCUCAAAGCUAAAAACUUAUAUUUUUUUACAAUUUAAAAGUGCGGGCUUAUUUAUAGUAACAUCUAAACAGCUGGCAGUCCUAUAAUAAUGAUCGCGUGAAUUCUUCACGAGUGCGAAGUUUAGAAAGUGCAAAGCGUGUAUUCGUUCGGCUUUCCUCCAGCUUCAUUCAUUCAUUCAUUCAGGAUUCAGGAUUCAGUCUGGUUUCCUUCCACUCAGGAGGGAAGGUGGAGGAUCGUGUAGAGAAUUAAGUGCGCACCACAUGUGUUCCUGUUUCUUUACCUGGAUGGAUUUACUUUCUUGAAGAUUCCUCUCAUGAUGAUGAUGCCAGCAGGAUGGUGGUGAUGGCUCCAGAGAUGUGAAGUAAAAUGGUGCGCUGUAAAAAAACUAGAGGAAUUGUCUGAGCAGACGUUUGUCACUGUCAUUCUGAGGACACCUGGCGAUGGAUGCCGGUGGUGAAUGUUCAGAACUUUGCUGAUUCUGACUGGAUACCGGAACAGGAAACUGAACAGACGACUUCCUUCCAUACCCCCCGACACCAGAGAAGUUGUAAUGUUUUCCCCCCUCGUGGGGGGCACACGAAUCACGAAUUUGCUCUCUUUACAUCAACUGGGACUUGAUUCAGAAUUCUGCUAGUUGUGCAGAACAAGAGAAGCUAUUCAGGACAUUUUUUUUUGUUUUGGUGUGUGUGUGGUUUUUUAUCUCCAAAAAGGACGUAUUUAUGGAUUACUUUUCAAGAGGAGAUCAAUCGUUGAGCUGGAGCAGCAAAUUGGUACCCCUAACAUUAACAAGUUACAGUAAGUGCACGUCGGUGCACAUCUCCAAACGUUCGUUGAUGAACGCGUGGAAAACCACGGUGUAGUAGAUCUAGAUCUAGUGUGGAAUUAUUAGAGAGUAGGCCUAGAUCUAGCAGACACUCGACUACACGCCGGCUGGGGCCUACGACCCGCCCCGCUACCCUACCAUAGGCCUACCCUACCCUACCCUAGCCUGCCCCAUCCCAUCAUGCUUUGCGGGCUGAGCCGGAAGCUGGCGCAGUCGUUCUCCCGCGCCUCGCGCAGGGAGGGCGAGCGGCGCGAGAAGAGGCAGCAGCGGAAGAGGCUGUCUCGCUCCCUGGAGAGUCUCGACUUGGAGAUAUCCGGAGAGUUCUCCACCGUCACUGUCUAUGAGGAGAAGAUCGAGCAGGGCGCGACAAGCCACACAGAGAUGAUGUCCGGCCACCACAACUGGUACGCCUGCUCACACGCGCGCCCCACCUACUGCAACGUGUGUCGUGAGGCGCUCCCCGGCGUCACAUCGCACGGACUCUCCUGCGAAGUGUGCAAAUUCAAGGCCCACAAACGCUGUGCGGUGCGGGCACCCACCAACUGCAAAUGGACAGCCUUAGCUUCUAUAGGGAAGGACAUCUUAGAGGACGAGGAUGGGAUCUCCAUGCCACACCAGUGGAUGGAGGGCAACCUGCCGGUGAGCGCCAAGUGCAGCGUGUGUGACAAGACGUGCGGCAGUGUGCUCCGCCUACAGGACUGGCGGUGCUUGUGGUGCCGGGCCAUGGUUCACGCGUCGUGCAAGGAGCAGCUGAGCAAGAAGUGCCCCCUGGGUCAGUGCCGUGUGUCCAUCCUCCCGCCCACCGCCAUCUCCACCAUCGACAGUGACGGCUACUGGGAGGGCACCCGGCCCCACGGCACCUCCCCCCUCCUCGUCUACGUCAACACCAAAAGUGGCGACAAUCAGGUUAAAACUUUUCCAACGAUUUGACUCAUUCCGUAUAUUGAUAUGUGGUGGAGACGGCAGUGUGGGCUGGGUACUCACGGAAAUCGAUAAACUUGACCUGCAUCGACAGUGUCAGAUCGGCGUGCUGCCUUUUGGUACGGGCAAUGACCUUGCGCGCGUCCUUGGCUGGGGCUCGGCCUUUGAUGACGACACACAACUUCCGGCAGCCUUGGAGAGAUUGGAGCAGGCGCAGAUCAAGAUGCUGGACCGAAUGAUGCAAUGUCUCAGUAUGAAGACAGCAUGGCCAACCAUUUGACCAAAAUUUUACAAUGUGAAGAUCACCAAGUGGUCAUAUCAUCAGCAAAGGUGCUAUGUGAGACAGUGAAAGCCUUUGUGGACCGAGUGAGCAAGUCGCAUGACCUGAGAGGGGAAGGAGAGAAGGAGGAAGAUGCGGGGAUGGGCAUGCAGUUCGACGUCCUCAACGAGAAGCUGCAGAGUCUGCUCAACACUCUGCACAAAGAGGCGGAGGAGUCAAAGAAUAUAGAGGAGAAGAACGAGAAGCAUGAGUUUGAGGAGAAGGAAGUGAUGGCGGUGGUUGAACCAAUCAGAGCGGAGCCUGUGGAGAACAACGGUGCCGCCCCGUGCCCAGUUCCCUCGGCUCCCAUCAAGCCGCGCCUGGCGUUCAAGUCCCGCGAAGCUCUCAUGUCACGAGCCAAUAGCCUGAAGAAAGCCGUGCGACAGAUCAUCGAACACACUGAGAGAGACCCGUCACGGUCCCCUCUGGGCCCGGCAUCGCGGCGCAUCAGCAGCAUGAGCACCUUCAACCGCUCGGCCAGCGUGGACUCCAAGCUGGGCUCGUCCGUGUCGAAGCCCAAGGAGGAGGACCAGCAACUGCUGCCCGUCAUGCCCAAUAUACGGCUGCCCUUUGUGCAGCCUGCCGUUCUGCCAGGAAUCAGCAGCAGCAUCGCCAAGAACCUCGCGGGCGGAGGUUUCAUCAGCAAAGUGUUGCUGGCAAAUGCUGACGCUCUGUGUGCUGCUGCCUCGCCUUUGCUGGAGCAAGACAUUCCAUUAGAAUCGUACCAAGAGAAGUGUGUGAUGAACAACUACUUUGGGAUCGGCCUCGACGCCAAGAUUGCGCUAGAGUUCCAGCAGAAGAGGGAGGAACACCCAGAGAAGUGCAGGAGUCGGACCAAGAAUCUGAUGUGGUACGGAGUGUUAGGCGGGAAGGAGAUGUUCAACCAGACGUUCAAGAACCUUGACCAGCGGGUGUUGCUGGAGUGCGACGGUCAGCGGAUCCCCCUCCCCUCCCUGCGGGGCAUCGUCAUACUCAACAUUCCCAGUUACAGCGGAGGAGCCAAUUUUUGGGGUGGAUCCAAGCAAGAUGAGAACUUUUCCGCCCCAAGUUUUGAUGACCGUAUCCUGGAGGUGGUGGCCGUCUUUGGUGGUAUGCAAAUCGCAAUGUCAAGGGUCAUUGAUCUCCAGCAUCACAGAAUAGCCCAGUGUCGAACGGUCAAGGUCACUAUCCUGGGAGACGAGGGCGUGCCGGUGCAGGUGGACGGAGAGGCCUGGGUCCAACCCCCGGGCUACGUGAGGAUUGUACACAAGAACAGGGCCCAAAUGCUGAUUAGAGACAGGACGUUUGAGAAUGUGCUCAAGUCGUGGUCGGAGAAGCAGAAAACGGAGCGCCCCCUCAGCCCCCAGGCUCUCCAGCUAACGGAGGACGAGACCCAGGUGCUGCUCAACUUUGUGGAGGCCACGUCCUCCGUCAUACGCAGUGUGAAGGUGGCGGCUAAAUCGCACAGCUCUGUGGAAAGCGACUUGAUUCCCAUCGCACAACAGACUUCCCAGUGUGUGGACAGACUCUACCCAGUGGGGAAACUUGCCGAGAUGGAUUCUAGUGACAGCGAGACAUAUCAGCAGCCAACGCUGAGGAGCCAGGUUGUGGACCUGAUACAGACUGUGAGGAUCUUAUACCAUGAAGCCAGCAUCUUCCUCACAGAGAAAGCUACCUCUGCACUGCUGUCCCCGGGUCUGGAGGACCGGCUGACCUCAUCACUGAUCACCCUAGAGCAGGAGAUGAAACGCAUCAUCGAGGUCAUCGGCCUGGUCAACCUAGAGCCCAUGGAUGAGGUGAGCUUACUAGAACAUCAAAAACGAAAGCAGGGCCGGCUAAAACAGGUCUACACGAGGCUCAAGGGGGGGAAGGGACGAGAGAAACCGAGAAGCGCACUGCCACCUGCUUUUGAAAUACGGAGCUGGACUUUGGAAGAGGUUGGUCAGUGGCUGGAGAGCUUGUCAUUGGGCGAAUACAGACAGAGCUUCCUGUCACAUGAGAUAACAGGGGCGGAGCUACUGAACUUGGAGAGGCGGGACCUCAAGGACCUGGGUGUGACCAAAGUGGGUCACCUGAAGCGUAUCCAGCAGGGGAUCAAAGAGCUCCACCACCGAGAGGCGGCCUACGACCGGCCCAGCUCUUGACCCUGCGACCCCGACAUCUCGGGGACUCCACCGCCAUCUCCAUGACAACAACAACAAGUCUCUAGACAAGACAAGACCAGCCUCUUCUGUGUUAAGCCGUUUUCGCUUCUGUUGUGGUCCAGAGAGAUUCUGGAAAAGCAGUGAAAGUUGGUUUGGGUUUGAGUUUUUAUUGCGAACAGAGAAAUGGGAACGCGGAGAAUACUGGCUUUAUAGUUUUUGAGGGGACAAGGAGAAAAGACGAGAAAAAAAAAAAGGAGUGAUUGCGGCAGUCUCUUUAUCUGUCUUUGCCGUACUUUUUGCUUCUGAGAAGCGACACAACG